AAAUAAUUGUUUUUUUGCUAAUAUAUUAUGCUAUUAUUUUAGUAGUUGAAGAUUAUUAACUUUUGUGUACCCAUUACACAUCUUCUGACAUUUUUAAAUAUGAAACUUUUAGGUAUUUUUUUAUCAUUUUCGUUGGUUGGACAAGUUUUGGUCACUGAAUUAGAUAAAUAUAUUGAGGAGGUUAUCUUAACAAACGAGGACAUAAAGCAAGCAAAAAAUUUCAUGCCCGAAAUAAUUAAAAGCAUGGUUGAGAACUAUGAUGUAUAUAAGAUGGAGACAAUGGCUUUGAUGUUGUCUGUGCCCGAGAUACUUGAUGUUGAAUUGAAAGGACCUGAAAGUAGCUCAGAUUCUGACGAUUAUUACACAGAUUCUGAAGAGAAUAUUGAUAACAUGGAAGAACCAGGCCCGAGUCAAAAUCAAAUUCCAGAUCUAAAUAUUGAUCCGUUCACUGUUCCCGAAGAAGAAAUUCUUAACCCAAAUUCUGCUGGUAAAACAAUAAUACAUCUUCAAAAAAAGUUAAAGUACCAGAAAAUGAUGCAAUUAGCAAUACUUGCUGUAACAGAUAGGCGAAAGUAUCAGGAAGCUAUGCAAGCAGCUAAACCAGAUACAGUUCCAAUUCUGAGUCUAGAUCUAAAUCGUCCGCCUAAUUCCGACAAAACACGUAUUGAUGCACCUACAAUAAAAUUAGACAAUUUAGCCAGUGUUUUAUAUGAGAGAAGACGUCAUCCUAGAGCAGUUUCAAGAAAUAGAAUCAUCCGUGCAUUUAACCUGACUACAUUGGGAAAAGCAAGAAGAGAAAUGACUUUAGAAGCUAUAACAUCUUUAAUACGUCAAAACGAUCCAGUUUUCCAGGAUUUGUUCAAUAUGUGUCGUUUAGCAGGUUUAUUUAGAACUAUUAAAUAUCCACACUCGUAUAUAGCCACUGCUACUAUUGACGGAGAGUACUGCGUUUUAAUGGAUGUAUUGGAACUUGAAGGUUUCGUAUAUAAAUUCCAUAAUGGUGUAUUUUGGGAAGUAGACAUAGAUCAUCGUACUCUAACUAAGCCAUUUUUUUCUGAAUUACAAUAAUUUGGAACAGGAGUUGUUAUAAUAACUUAUUUUAUAGAGCUAUUAUUGUUUUGUUAAAAAAAAAUUUUCAUACCGCACUAAUUUCCAAAUUGUCAAGAAUUAAAUGUAUUUACUAAUAAACAAUUUUUAU